UGUUUUCCAGGAGACUUACUGAUUCUGACCUUCUGCUGUCACUGCUUUUAAUGCCACACUCCCUAAGUAAACUUGGGAUCUAGCUGUUCUUGCAACCCUUAGGGCUACAGAAAUGAAGUGCCCACUUUAACUUAAAGAGCAGUGCUAAUCAAAUCUUCUGCAAAUAAUAAACGGCCUCUUUAAAGAGUGAGGGGAGGAGAAUGAGUUUGUUGCAGCACUGGCCUUUGGAGUCCCACAUCUCCCCCAGGCUGGAGGAGAAGACCAAGAUUUAUCAACCCACCUGCAGGAUUCUGCCACUCUCAUGGAUUGUCCUGAAGCCGGGAAAGGACAGCUACUCAGCAGUGUGCCUGGCCCCUUAUCACAGUUUACGGGAAGUGCUGCAGUUGAAGCUCCAGCAGCGCCGGACUCGGGAGGAACUGGUGAGCCAAGGGAUCAUGCCGCCUUUGAAAAGUCCAGCUGCAUUUCAUGAGCAGAGAAGGAGCUUGGAGCGGGCCAGGACAGAGGACUACCUGAAGCGGAAGAUUCGUUCCCGGCCGGAGAGAUCGGAGCUGGUCAGGAUGCACAUUUUGGAAGAGACCUCGGCCGAGCCUUCCCUGCAGGCCAAGCAGCUGAAGCUGAAAAGAGCCAGGCUGGCCGAUGACCUCAACGAGAAGAUUGCGCAGAGGCCUGGCCCCAUGGAGCUGGUGGAGAAGAAUAUCCUGCCUGUGGAGUCUAGCCUGAAGGAAGCCAUCAUUGUGGGCCAGGUGAACUACCCGAAAGUAGCAGACAGCUCCUCCUUCGAUGAGGACAGCAGCGACGCCUUAUCUCCUGAGCAGCCUGCCAGCCAUGAGUCCCAGUCGGUGCCGUCACCCCUGGAAGCCCGAGUCAGCGAGCCGCUGCCCAGUGCCGCCUCUGUGUCCCCCGCUCAGGUCUUGUCUCAACUCCCCGUGGGCCCAGAGUCUGCAGAAACAGUCUUCCUGGCGGAGCAGCCUCCGCCGCUGCCCAUCCUCGCCAACGGAACCACGGUCGCCACCGCCAAGCCCCUCCCCACGCUCAUUAAGCAAAGCCAACCCAAGUCUGCCAGUGAGAAGUCGCAGCGCAGCAAGAAGGCCAAGGAGCUGAAGCCGAAGGUGAAGAAGCUCAAGUAUCACCAGUACAUCCCCCCGGACCAGAAGCAGGACAAGGGGGUGCCCCCCAUGGACUCCUCCUACGCCAGGAUCCUGCAGCAGCAGCAGCUCUUCCUGCAGCUCCAGAUCCUCAAUCAGCAGCAGCAGCAGCACUACAACUACCAGACCAUCCUGCCCGCCCCGCCCAAGCCAGCAGGGGAGGCUCUGGGAAGCGGUGGGGCCCCCCUGACGCGCAGCCUUUCCGCUACCAGCAGCAGUUCCGGCUCGGGCGCCCCUGGGCCCAGUGGGCUGGUACGUCAGAACAGCACCUCGUUGACUGGCAAGCCGGGGGCCCUGCCUGCCAACCUGGACGACAUGAAGGUGGCAGAGCUGAAGCAGGAGCUGAAGUUGCGGUCACUGCCCGUCUCGGGCACCAAGACAGACCUGAUUGAGCGCCUGCGCGCCUACCAGGAGCAAGUCAGUCCCACCACUGGAGCACCCAAGGCCCCCGCCGCUGCCUCCGUCCUGCCCAAGGCUGGCGAGGUGGUGGUCGCCUUCCCCGCGGCCCGGCUAAGCACAGGGCCCACCCUGGUGGCAGCGGGCCUGGCCCCGGCUGAGGUGGUGGUGGCCACGGUGACCAGCAAUGGAGUGGUGAAGUUUGGCAGCACGGGCUCCACACCCCCUGUGUCUCCCACCCCCUCAGAGCGUUCACUGCUCAGCACAGGCGACGAGAACUCCACGCCCGGGGACACCUUUGGCGAGAUGGUGACGUCGCCAGUGACCCAGCUCACCCUGCAGGCCUCGCCGCUGCAGAUCCUGGUAAAGGAGGAGGGCCCCCGCGCUGGGUCCUGCUGUCUCAGCCCUGGGAUGCGGGCAGAGCUGGAGGGGCGUGACAAGGACCAGAUGCUUCAGGAAAAGGACAAGCAGAUCGAGGAGCUGACCCGCAUGCUUCGGCAGAAGCAGCAGCUGGUGGAGUGGCUCAGGCUGCAGCUGGAGCAGGAGAAGCGGGCCCAGCAGCCCACGCCGGCCCCGGCCCCGGCCCCGGCCACGCUUGGUGCCGCAGUGAAGCAGGAGAACAGCCUUGCCAGCUGCCAGCUGAGCAGGCAGCCCCCGGGCCCUGAUCACCCCUUCGGCCCCAGCCUCGCGGGCCCCACUGCCCACCAUGUAGACACUUGUACCCUGGUGCCCUCGGCCGUGGUGGUGAAGCAGGAAGCCGUGCUGCCCGAGCCUGAACCAGUCCCGGCCCAGGUCACUCUUGGCCCCUCAGUGAAGCAGGAGAACAGCCUUGCCAGCUGCCAGCUGAGCAGGCAGCCCCCGGGCCCUGAUCACCCCUUCGGCCCCAGCCUCGCGGGCCCCGCUGCCCACCAUGUAGACACUUGUACCCUGGUGCCCCCGGCCGUGGUGGUGAAGCAGGAAGCCGUGCUGCCCGAGCCUGAACCAGCCCUGGCCCCGCAGCUGCUUCUGGGCCCACAGGGCCCCAGCCUCAUCAAGGGGGUCACACCUCCCACGCUCCUCACUGACUCCACAGGGACCCACCUUGUCCUCACCGUGACCAAUAAGAAUGCAGACGGCCCUGGCCUGGCCAGCGGGAGCCCCCAGCAGAGAGGCCAGCUGUCCCCCACCAAGGUGACAUUGUCAGCUGGCUCCCUGCUGCUGCCACCCUCGCAGCCCAGACCCUCAACUCAGCCUGGUCCAAAGCUCUUGUCCCAGCCUGGCUCUCCAGCCCCUAGCCCCCCAGGCCAGAGGGACCUGGAGCACCCGCCACAGCCCCUUUUUGGGCCCCGCACUUCUCUGCCGAAGAAGGAGCCACCUGGCUAUGAGGAAGCUGUGAGCCAGCAGCCCAGACAGCAGGAAAAUGGUUCCUCAAGCCAGCAGAUGGAUGACCUGUUUGACAUUCUGAUUCAGAGUGGAGAGAUCUCAGCAGAUUUCAAGGAGCCAGGGAAAGAGAAGUCCCCCCUGACAGCAGCCUGCGGGUCACCCCUGGCCACACAGCCGUCACCGUCCGCCGAGCUCCCUCAGGCUGUCCCGCCUCCAUCCGGCUCGCCGGCCCUCCCUGGGCGCCUGGAGGAUUUCCUGGAGAGCAGCACAGGGCUGCCCCUGCUGACCGGCGGGCACGAGGGGCCAGAGCCCCUCUCCCUCAUCGACGACCUGCACAGCCAGAUGCUGAGCAGCUCUGCCAUCCUGGACCACCCCCCCUCCCCCAUGGACACUUCGGAAUUGCACUUUGCGCCUGAGCCCAGUGGCGUGGGCCUGGACCUGGCUGAUGGCCACCUGGACGGCAUGGACUGGCUGGAGCUGUCGUCGGGCGGGCCGGUGCUCAGCCUGGCCCCGCUCAGCACCACGGCCCCCAGCCUCUUCUCCACAGACUUCCUCGACGGCCACGACUUGCAGCUACACUGGGAUUCCUGCUUGUAGCUCUGGGGGCUGCAGAGCCGGGGGCUGGGAGGGCUGGAAAGUCGGAGACCUUGGGAACUCCAGGGAGCUCAGCGCUCUCCUGCCUGAUGCAGCCUCUCCACGUGGUCGUGAGUCCUGACAAUCACAGGCCCUGCUUUCCCCUCCGUGGGAGGCCGGAGGAGGGUGUCCCCACACCUGGCUCUGGCUCACCAAGGAGAAGAGCUUCCAAGAAGCAGCUCUGGGUCCCACCCUGGGGUUUUGGAGGCCUGGAUGGGCCAGGGGCUUCUAUUUGACCUCCUUUUGUGAGGUCGGGGUGCACUUGCCUGCUGCAGUUUGCUCAGGAGGCGAGGCUGAAGCAGGGCAAGGGGUGCAUGUCCUUCCUUCUCUCCCCCUUCCCUGCAAGGGAAGGAACUGGCUGGGCCUCUACCUCACCACCCUCGUGAUGCCAACACCACUGACCCAGGCUUCCCGGGAGGGGGGCUCCCUGCCAUGUUAGUGUCUUGGUGUAGUGUAACCAUUUAGUGGUUGGUGGCAAACGUUUUCUGUACAGGUGUAUAUACCUCUAUAUUAUAUAUCGCCAUACAUAUAUACACAUAUAUCUUGGGGGGGGGGGGAGGUGAAUGCAGCCCCCCGCCCCCGUUCUGCUCUGUGCACACGGAAGGGCCUGAAGCCACCGCUCCCAGGGCUGAACACAGCUAACCCUGGCCCCACCCAUCACUUGUAUUUGACAUGUAGACGCCUCAUCACAGCCUGUGCUGCACCUGUCCUGCUUCCUGCUCCUUAUCAGUGCCACGAGGGCGGAGGUGCUUCCUGGCCACCUGCCCACAUUCCGUCCCGCUGCCUCACUGCAGCCACCACGGCCCUGGGACAGCAGUGGAGCCAGAGGUGGCCCUCAAGCUAUGGCCUCCUCCUGCCCUGGGGCCUGGCCUCCUUUCUGGCCUGUCAUUGUCAUUCAUAGGGGAUCAGGGAUGGAGUCACCAGAACCAGUGCUGGGACAGAGGUGGGAAAGCUGUGUGAACUUUUUAAAAUAAAAACAAAAACCCCACUUGUUAGUCCAUCUC